CGGAACUCUCGCGGAAAGCCUACUGCAGUAGUACGGCUCGGGUUUUUCAGUUCCUUUUUUUCUCCUCUCUGUUCACGUGCAGUCAUCAGCCCAUAGAGACAUGGCCACUACCAGCACAGGCCCCUUGCACCCGUAUUGGCCUAGGCACCUGCGGCUGGAUCACUUUGUGCCAAACGACCUUUCUGCCUGGUAUAUUGUGACUGUCCUGUUCACUGUCUUUGGGGCACUAGUCGUGACCAUGUGGCUGUUGUCCAGUCGUGCUUCAGUUGUCCCACUGGGGACAUGGCGGCGACUGUCUGUAUGCUGGUUUGCAGUGUGUGCAUUCGUCCACCUGGUGAUUGAGGGCUGGUUCGUUCUCUACCAGAAGGCCAUUCUUGGAGACCAAGCCUUCUUAUCCCAACUCUGGAAAGAGUACGCUAAGGGAGACAGCCGGUAUAUCAUUGAAGACAACUUCAUCAUCUGUAUGGAGAGCAUCACGGUUGUCCUGUGGGGACCACUGAGCCUGUGGGCAGUGAUAGCCUUUCUCCGCCAACAUCCCUCCCGCUAUGUCCUUCAGUUUGUGAUCUCUUUGGGCCAGAUCUAUGGGGAUUUACUCUACUUCCUGACAGAGUACCGAGAUGGAUUCCAGCAUGGGGAGAUGGGUCACCCCAUCUAUUUCUGGUUUUAUUUUUUCUUCAUGAAUGUACUAUGGCUGGUGAUACCCGGAGUCCUCUUUUUUGAUUCCGUGAAGCAGUUCUAUGGGGCCCAGAAUGCAUUGGACACCAAGGUGAUGAAAAGCAAGGGCAAAUAGAACUAAUGAAGGGUGGACUGGACCAGAAUUGCAGCUGAGAGGUGCUCCCAUCGCCAGGAAAAUCUUGUCCUGCUCCACCAAGUGGAGAGGCACUCGGGCUGAUGGUGGGCAUGAAAAUGGCCUGAGACAGGAAAAAAAGUGCUACUGCUAAGAGCCACUGAGAAAAAAAUACAAGAGAAGCCAGGUCUGUGCUGGUGGCAAUUGUUAAAAUCAG